AUGCAGGAGGGUGUGCCAUCUAUAAGUGAUGACAUGGUGGACAGAAGCAUCACCAAAAAGGAUCUUAGCCGUUACUGCCGCAGGAGGACACGUGGCGAGGAAGACACCAUAUGCCUUAUUGAGAGGCUGCUAUGCAUCCAGGAUGUGCCUGGAGUGCCACUCUAUACAGAGGUAGGCACCACCACAAAGUCUGGGGUCAUCCUGACAAAAUAUCGGUGUGCUAGAGGGUCCACGUCCCAGGAGUCUUUUCACUGCCACCUGAACAGAACCAGUGCCAAUGCACUAAAUUUUCAACUAUCCCUCCUGGAAGGCCUGAACAGGUGGAACCAGGAUCGAGGGACUGCGGCUGUGACCAGCAAGCCAGCAUCCCUUCUCACAUACUCCGGGGAUAUGGCCCACUCUGUCAACACCAACAGCCUGAAGGUGUUUGGUCGGGCUUUUAUACCAACAUUCAGGCCUCCUGCCCAAUACACCGGAGAGCUGCUUGGUGUUGACUACCUCCUGAGUCAGACUGGACAGCCCAUGGCAUUAAACCCAGACUCAGAGGAGACAGAGGAAAUGUUGGAGGAUGUGGAUGAAGGUGGGGAAGAAGAUGAGGGCUUCGGGGAGGACGAAGUAUAUGAUAUAACUGUGCCAAGUCUCUCCAAUGACCCAAACUUCUCCAUCUCCUCUCACUUCCUGCCCUCCUCUCAGCCCAUUGCCACGACCCAAGCUGCUGUCUCUUCCAUCCACCCUGCUGCCUCCACCGCCCUGGAAACUAACUCCUCCAUCCAUCCUCCAGCCUCCACCGCCCUGGCAACUACCUCCUCUAUCCAUCCUCCAGCCUUCACCGACCUGGCUGCGACCUCCUCCAUCCACCCUCCAGCCUCCACCACUCUGACUGCCACCUCCUCUGCUGUUUCCACUGGCACUUCCUGA